CAAUACGAAAACGGACAUUUAUACUUGUAUCAGCCCAAUCCAAGCACGCGCGCUGAGCUUUGCCUUAGUUAGCAACCUGUAAAGUUAAGCAACAAGUCAAAAUGGUUUGGCAGCCUACUUCAGGUCAAAGUGCUAUUGACCAAGAUAUUAGGGUAGGGACACAACGGGGUUCCAUGAACCAGAACCCGCUCUUGGCGCACGCGCCGCUCGGCACUGUAAAGCCCGUCCUGUUCAACAAUCCUCCACCUGAGAAAGUCUUCGGUUACACGCCGGCUAAGGACCCGGAGGGCGCGCGCGAAGUGAUGAUGGUGUGGAAGGGGCACAAUGCCAGUCCUGGCAAAGACGAGGUGAAGCCGUCCCCGGACUUUAAAACGCUCAACAAGAUGGCGGUGGCAAGCGGCCUCUCCACGGCAAAGGACCUCCCGGCGUUCCGGAAGGAGCACGCGGACGUGAAGCUCAAAACCGCGCACGAGGUGAACGCCGCCAGCCCCACGCGCCGCUCCAACCUGCCCACCAUCCCGCCCAGCAAGCAGGGCAACAUGUUUGGCAUGCCCAGCGGCUACCGCACGGCGGAGGUGGUGCGCUCGUUCGGGCCGGAGGAGCCGCCGGUCAAGUACCUGGUGCAGGGGGCUUACCAGGACGAGUGGGUGCGCAAGAACCUGGAGGCGGAGGCGGCGGGCAGCGGGCGGGGGCGGCCCUACAUCCCGCCCGCCCCCACCAAGGCAGUGCUGGGGCACUCGUACGGCGCAUCGCGCUACCUGCAGCCGCCCAACAACGAGGAGCCCUGGAAGAUGAGCAAAUUCAAGACGGUGGGGCCCAAGGUCACGCAGUACAGCGGCGGCAGCGUGCGCGCGUCAAGGACGGCCCCGGCGGACGGGGAUGAGUACGCGGCGGCCGAGGCACCCGCGGAGUAGAGGCGAGGUGGGAGGGACUCUGCGAGGGGCGGGCUACUACGUGUGGCCGCAGCAGGACUGUAGUGUUUACGUCGACUGCAUGUAUGUGUUACGAAUGUUAAACGUGUGUGUGUGUGUGGGGGGGGGGUCCUACUGAGAGGCCGCGUCAAGUGCCACUGUGCCAGCUAAGGGUUGUGGACCACGACGCUUACAGCAACAGCAGCGUGCAGGUGGAGCUUGAUGGCUGGGGUUAGGGGUUAGGCAGGCUGAAGCUCUAGCUGGAUGUAGUUUGUGGCGACGCUAACUAUGCAAGAUGAAUGUGCGACCCAUGCGCUCAAGGGCUGCUGCCUGAAGCGCUUCAGAGAUAGGCUGUGAUAUACCGCAAUGUAUACUGGUAAGUGUGUGGGUGCCAGCACGACGAAAGGGGAGGCCCGGCUGGCGGCUGGAGGUGCGUGUCAAGGUGGCCCACAGAGUUUCGACCGAGGACAUAAGUAUCCGUAUGAUGGUCAUGUCGAAUCCAUGAACGCUUUGAAAUUUUCUGCUUCGGAGGACGUGGCGUGGCGGCACAGCCCACUUUUCCCUUGCAAGGGAGAGCCACCUUUUCUUGUCUGCUUCGGCGAUAGCAACGCGUAAUCGGGACCUGCAGUAACGCAGUACGCUUU